CCACGGGGGCGGGGUCAGAACUCGGGCGGCGGAUCCCAACGCUGCGCUUUGGAGAUCGCCGGCGAGCAGCGCCCCGGCGGGGCCGGGCAGGAGCGGCACCAUGGAUUCCUUCAAGGUGGUGCUAGAGGGGCCAGCACCUUGGGGCUUCCGGCUGCAGGGGGGCAAGGACUUCAAUGUGCCCCUCUCCAUCUCCCGGCUCACUCCUGGAGGUAAAGCUGCGCAGGCCGGCGUGGCCGUGGGCGACUGGGUGCUGAGUAUCGAUGGUGAGAAUGCGGGGGGCCUCACACACAUCGAAGCCCAGAACAAGAUCCGUGCCUGUGGGGAGCGCCUCAGCCUGGGUCUCAGCAGGGCCCAGCCGCCUCAGAGCAAACCGCAGAAGGCCCUGGCCCCAGCCGCGGACCCCCCGCGGUACACCUUUGCACCCAGCGCCUCCCUCAACAAGACGGCCCGGCCCUUCGGGGCCCCCCAGCCCGCUGACAGCGCCCCGCAGCAGAAUGGGUGCAGACCCCUGACAAGUCAACAGCCGCUCCGACCGCUGGUCCCAGACGCCAGCAAGCAGCGGCUGAUGGAGGACACGGAGGACUGGCGGCCGAGGCCUGGGACAGGCCAGUCCCGUUCCUUCCGCAUUCUCGCCCACCUCACGGGCACCGAGUUCAUGCAAGACCCGGAUGAGGAGCAUCUGAAGAAAUCAAGCCAGGUGCCCAGGACAGAAGCCCCAGCCCCAGCUUCAGCUACACCCCAGGAACCCUGGCCUGGCCCUACCACCCCCAGCCCCACCAGCCGCCCGCCCUGGGCUGUGGACCCUGCAUUCGCCGAGCGCUAUGCCCCGGACAAGACCAGCACGGUGCUGACCCGGCACACCCAGCCAGCCACACCCACGCCCAUGCAGAACCGCACCUCCAUUGUGCAAGCUGCCGCUGGAGGGGGCCCUGGAGGCGGCGGUGGCAGCAAUGGCAAGACUCCCGUGUGCCACCAGUGCCACAAGGUCAUCCGGGGCCGCUACCUGGUGGCGCUGGGCCACGCAUACCACCCCGAGGAGUUUGUGUGCAGUCAGUGUGGGAAGGUCCUGGAAGAGGGUGGCUUCUUCGAGGAAAAGGGCGCCAUCUUCUGCCCGCCCUGCUAUGACGUGCGCUAUGCACCCAGCUGUGCCAAAUGCAAGAAGAAGAUCACUGGCGAGAUCAUGCACGCCCUGAAGAUGACCUGGCACGUGCAUUGCUUCACCUGUGCGGCCUGCAAGAUACCCAUUCGGAAUAGGGCCUUCUAUAUGGAGGAGGGGGCCCCCUACUGCGAGCGAGACUAUGAGAAGAUGUUUGGCACAAAAUGCCGAGGCUGUGACUUCAAGAUCGAUGCCGGGGACCGCUUCCUGGAGGCGCUGGGCUUCAGCUGGCACGAUACAUGCUUCGUGUGCGCGAUAUGUCAGAUCAACCUGGAAGGAAAGACUUUCUACUCCAAGAAGGACAAGCCCCUUUGCAAGAGCCACGCCUUCUCCCACGUGUGAGCCCCUCCCACCCACUGCUGCCACCCUGCCCUGUCCAGCUGGAGGGGUUGCUGGUUCUGGAGUCAUCGCCCCAGAUUUCUGGGUAGGGCCAGCAAAAGUUGCCCAACCCCGACUCUUGGCCUGAGCCUGCGGUUCCCCGGGCCCCUGCCCACCCGCUUCACCUCCCCCCACUCCCUCCACCACCUCCGCACACUGGUGCUGGCCUCACCGGCCCCUCUUCACGUCCAGUGCCACAAUAAACCUAUAUCCAGCUGUG